GGAGUUCGGCUCAGUCCUGCGAAGUAGGUAGCCGCGGUGUCGGCGGCGCGGAGGCAGCUUGCUGCCGGGCUGUGCGGGCCCGGCCUCAGGUCCGUGGCCCUUAGAGAGGCCUUAAGCGGACCCGCUGAAGGCCGCAGCAGGCCUGGGUGGCAUAUCUGGGCCCUCGGCGCCCCUGAGGGGAGGACCGCAGCCUUGCUUGCUCUUCGGCGUCAGGAGCCUUCGCGAUCUCUGCCUUCCCGGCGGCCGACGAAAAGCUCCCCUGGAAUUGCGAUUCAUCGGGUCACCUUGAGCUCAGGGCGCCGUCUAGCUUGUAGUUCCUGGCUGCACUCGCUGUUCAGGAACUUUGUGAGAAUUUCACUACAUGGAAACACUGUCCGGGUUCCAACCAUUGUAUAUCUGAAGUCUCAGUAUAAUAUCAGGACCAAAAUACUGCAAAUCAGUCAGCCAGCCAUAUACUUAAUGACUCCUAAAAAUCUCAUGGACUUCUAAAGAGGCACCAUGGCCUGUGCUGCUGUCUUGAUUCCUGGGUUGUUGCGGGGCUCUGUUGGAGCCAUCUGCUCCCAGGCUGCUUUGUCGAAAUCUACACCAGGCGCUUUGCGCCACCUUACUUUAACCAGUAUAAUGAAAUCCAAAAGGAAAACUGAUCACUUGGAGAGGACUGCAAAUGUUGUUCGACAGGAGGUCGUGUCGGCAGCUAAGGUGUGUGGAGCAGCCCAUGAGUCACCCUCCGUGAAGAGGCUCCACCUGCUUGUUGCUGAUCAAGACUUUUCCUUUAAAGCUGGCCAGUGGAUUGAUUUCUUUAUCCCAGGAGUCUCUGUGGUUGGUGGGUUCUCAAUAUGCUCCAGCCCCCGACUGCUAGAGCAAGAGAGAAUGAUAGAAUUGGCAGUGAAAUAUACGAACCACCCUCCUGCUCUCUGGAUUCACAAUCAGUGCGCACUUGACUCUGAAGUGGCCGUGAGAGUGGGUGGAGAGUUCUUCUUUGACCCGCAGCCUGCAGACGCCUCUAGGAACCUCGUGUUGAUUGCAGGAGGCGUCGGAAUUAACCCUCUGCUUUCCAUCCUGCGGCAUGCGGCCGAUCUCCACAGAGACCGGGCAAACAAAGGAAGUGGCUAUGAGAUAGGGACAGUGAAACUCUUCUACAGUGCAAAAAGUACCAGCGAACUCCUGUUUAAGAAAAAUAUCCUCGAUUUAGUAAAUGAAUUUCCCGAGAAGAUUGCAUGCAGUUUGCAUGUUACAAAGCAGACUACACCAAUCAGUGCCGAACUCAAACCAUACAUCACGGAAGGAAGAAUAACAGAGGAGGACCUAAGAGAGCACCUUUCGAAAGAGACUUUGUUCUAUCUCUGUGGCCCCCCUCCGAUGACAGACUUUUUCUCCAAGCAGCUAGAAAGCAGCCAUGUUCCCAGAGAAAACAUCUGCUUUGAGAAGUGGUGGUAGGGAGCCAGCGACAGUAGAAAGGAGAAGGCUGUGGGAUUUACUGGGGACAGUGAAGGCAUUGUGUUACGUGAUUUGUGGCAAGAUGAAGUCACCUCUACUCGGCCUUCUCUGAUGAAGUCUGUGGACAGAGUGACCUGCAGGAGGAGAAAGGAAAAAUCACCAGACAAGUCUUACCUGAUCAACUUUUUGCAAAGACUUCAUUGAUUGAACCAUUUUUUACUGUAUUGACUUUCUUUUAUUAGUAAGUGUUUGACUAUCUCAUGAUGUACCUUGAAUUGGU